UAUUUGAAAUGUGCAAUAGAUUUUUUCGAUACAUAAUUUAUGUAAGGAAGUGCCUAUUUAUUUCAUUGUUUGCAAGUAAAAAGCUUGAAUAUAGGCACGAGGUAUCCCUCAUAAAUUAUCCAAUUUGAGUAUUUAAUAUGUAUCAGGUAGGUAGGUACUCUAAUUACAAUACCUAAUUUUCACAUUUUUUAUAUGACUAAAUUUGUUCAUAAAUCUAUGAAUUAUUAUAGUACCUAUCGCAUUAAUACAACGAUACAUUAUUAUAAUAUUCUAGCCUUACACUCUUAUGGUUGAAAUAUUAAUAUUGGCUAAAUGCGGCCCGCGUUUGUCGAGUUUUCAUUAUUAUUAUAAUAUCAUGCGUGCAUGGCGACCGCCACCUACAUCAUUAUUUAUUUACGUAAUUUUGACAUUACUGUUAUUAUUUUUCGCCGCGCAUAAACCCGCUGCAGAUAUUGAGACCACGAACGAAACUGUGCCAAUACGAACAUACAAAUUGUCUUCGCUAAACACAGUUAUGCCGUAUAGUGAAUCCGUAUCUAUGAAUCGGAAUAUUCCGAAAGCAAAAAGCUCUCCGAAAUGGAGACGACCCAAGCCGUCCGCCGACAAGACUCGUUUUAUGGAAAAGCCGAAUUUUACUUCGCGUACCGGAAAACUGGUCGAUGUGUUGUAUGGGUGCCGUCACUGCAACUCCAGAGAUGACACAACUCUGCUGUGCACUUACUUCGAAGCAAAUAAAAGGCACAAAAGACUUCCAAAGGGGUCAAAAUCAUUUGUUAAGAAUGAAACCUCUAAUGAUAACGUUUAUUCAGAUAAACGCAGACUACGUACUACUAAUAUUGAAAAUGAACCAAGCUACAUGUUACAACAAUACGAUAAACCCUCGGCAAAAAUUAAUGCGGUUCUUAAAGAUCUAGGUUUUGUGUGUAAUAGUGAUAAAAUGUAUACAUUUUAUCCAUCACAGAUAUACUAUUAUAAAGACGCUCAAAAGCAUAUUGCCAGAUAUGGUCAGAAAAAUUAUAUUGCACCAAAACCAAAAAAUUCAAUAGGUAGUCGUGAUGGAUAUAAUCAAAACGGAAGACAUCAAAAGCCAAUUCACUCUAAAACAUUCCCAGAAAAUAAUCGUUACAACAAAAAUUACAAAAUUGAAGUAUGAAACAUAUUUAAAUUAAUAUUACUUUUAAAAUUGUUCUUUUUAGUUAGUUCUUGAGUAUAAUUUC